AAGGGGUUGUGCGAGGGUCUCACCCACACGGUUUUCCAGCUUGCCCACUGCGCAGGCGUGCCCCGAAAGACCAGCUAGAACAAUGAAGAGGACCUCGGAGUUAGGUGGGACCGCAACCAACAAGGACUACAGUUCCCAGCGGGCAGAGCGCCAACUCCAAGUGGAGGUCCGGUUACUGGGCAUGCUAGGAGUUGUAGUGUCGGCCGCCUUUACAAUCUAGGCUGUUUGGAGGAUUUAGAGCUUCUAUUUCUUGAGGAUUUAUUCGACCGUUUAAAAAAAUAUCGCAACCGAAGCAGGGUUCAGAGGUUCCUCUCUGCGUCCUUGAGUAACCUAGGGAUCAACUGCUGCAUAUUAGCAAAUUUCGAAGCGUCAAGGCCUUCAGUGAACCCUUUCUGUCAUUUGGGGUGGUCCAGGCGGCAGAAGAGUGGGAUGGAGGCGGGACUAAACCAGGCUGGGCUGGAGGAAAAGGGCGGGGCCUGCAAGCCUGUCUCUUGGCAACAGGCUCUGGCAGCCCAACCGUCCGAGCUAGCGCCUGGUGCGCAGUGGUCUCUGGGAAUUGUAGUGUAGCUGGAAGGCUCUCAGGAUUGUCGAGCUUGGAGGCGCUGAACAUGAGGACUACAACUCCCGAGGUCCAACGCGAGGGCCAGUGGGUGGGAAGAGCCCCCACGAGCUUCGUGCGGGAUUCUAGGCUCCCCUGUGACAGCCGCGGCAGGAAGCAGGCGGGCGCUCCGCGGCCACAGGCCUGCUGUUUUCGGAAGGGAGAAAGCUGGACAUUUCCCCACGUAACUCCCAGCUCUGGGCCUAGAGUGUGUGCAUGGCGAAGUCCCCGGAGAACUCUACCCUGGAGGAGAUUCUGGGGCAGUAUCAACGGAGUCUCCGGGGUUGUUCUUGCAGAACGUGCCAGUAGAAGCAUUCACCAACUGAAAUGUGCCCUGAAAGAAGGUGAUGUCACUAUUGGAGAAGAUGCACCAAAUCUUUCUUUUAGCACCAGUGUGGGAAAUGAGGAUGCCAGGACAGCCUGGCCCGAAUUACAACAGAGCCAUGCUGUUAAUCAGCUCAAAGAUUUGUUGCGCCGACAAGCAGAUAAGGAAAGUGAAGUAUCUCCAUCAAGAAGAAAAAUGUCCCCUUUGAGGUCAUUAGAACAUGAGGAAACCAAUAUGCCUACUAUGCACAACCUUGUUCCUAUUAUUAAUGACCAGUCUCAAUAUAUUCAUCAUUUAGAGGCAGAAGUUAAGUUCUGCAAGGAGGAACUCUCUGGAUUGAAAAAUAAAAUACAAGCAGUUGUGCUUGAAAAUGAAAGCCUCCAGCAAGAGCUGAAAUCUCAAAGACAGGAGGAGACACUAAGGGAACAAACACUUCUGGAUGCAUCUGGAAACAUGCAGAAUUCUUGGAUUACAACAGGUGAAGAUUCUGGGGUGGGUGAAACUGCCAAAAGACCAUUUUCCCAUGACAAUGCAGAUAUUGGCAAAGCUGCAUCUGCUGGUGAGCAGCUAGAACUGGAGAAGCUAAAACUUACUUAUGAGGAAAAGUACGAAAUUCAGGAAUCCCAACUGAAGUUUUUGAGGAAAGACUUAGCUGAAUAUCAGAGAACUUGUGAAGAUCUUAAAGAGCAACUAAAGCAUAAAGAGUUUCUUCUGGCUGCUAAUACUUCCAACCGGGUUGCUGGUCUUUGUUUGAAAUGUGCUCAGCACGAAGCUGUUCUUUCCCAGACCCAUAAUAAUGUUCACAUGCAGACCAUCGAAAGACUGAUGAAAGAAAGAGAUGACCUGAUGUCUGCACUAGUUUCCGUAAGGAGCAGCUUGGCAGAUACGCAGCAAAGAGAAGCAAGUGCUUACGAACAGGUGAAACAAGUUUUGCAAAUAUCUGAGGAAGCCAAUUUUGAAAAAACCAAGGCUUUAAUCCAGUGUGACCAGUUGAGGAAGGAGCUGGAGAGGCAGGCGGAACGACUUGAAAAAGAACUUGCAUCUCAGCAAGAGAAAAGGGCCAUUGAGAAAGACAUGAUGAAAAAGGAAAUAACGAAAGAAAGGGAGUCCAUGGGAUCAAAGAUGUUGAUCUUGUCUCAGAAUAUUGCCCAACUGGAGGCCCAGGUGGAAAAGGUUACAAAGGAAAAGAUUUCAGCUAUUAAUCAACUAGAGGAAAUUCAAAGCCAGCUUGCUUCUCGGGAAAUGAAUGUCACAAAGGUGUGUGGAGAAAUGCGCUAUCAGCUGAAUAAAGCCAACAUGGAGAAGGAUGAGGCAGAAAAGGAGCACAGAGAGUUCAGAGCGAAAACUAACAGGGAUCUUGAAAUUAAAGAUCAGGAAAUAGAGAAAUUGAGACUAGAACUGGGUGAACGCAAACAACACUUGGAACAGGAGCAGCAGAAGGCAGCCCGGGCCAGGGAGGAGUGCCUGAGACUAACAGAACUGCUGGGCGAAUCCGAGCACCAACUGCACCUCACCAGACAGGAAAAAGAUAGCAUUCAGCAGAGCUUUAGCAAGGAAGCAAAGGCCCAAGCCCUUCAGGCCCAGCAAAGAGAGCAGGAGCUGACACAGAAGAUACAGCAAAUGGAGGCCCAGCAUGACAAAACUGAAAAUGAACAGUAUUUGUUGCUGACCUCCCAGAAUACAUUUUUGACAAAGUUAAAGGAAGAAUGCUGUACAUUAGCCAAGAAACUGGAACAAAUCUCUCAAAAAACCAGAUCUGAAAUAGCUCAACUCAGUCAAGAAAAAAGGUAUACAUAUGAUAAAUUGGGAAAGUUACAGAGAAGAAAUGAAGAAUUGGAGGAACAGUGUGUCCAGCAUGGGAGAGUACAUGAGAUAAUGAAGCAAAGGCUAAGGCAGCUGGAUAAGCACAGCCAGGCCACAGCCCAGCAGCUGGUGCAGCUCCUCAACAAGCAGAACCAGCUUCUCCUGGAGAGGCAGAGCCUGUCGGAAGAGGUGGACCGGCUGCGGACCCAGUUACCCAGCAUGCCACAAUCUGAUUGCUGACCUGGAUGGAACAGAGUGAAAUAAAUGAUUUACAAAGAGAUAUUUACAUUCAUCUGAUUUAGACUGAAUAUGCCACAACGCACCACGACCUUCCCCGGGUGACACCGCCUCAGCCUGCAGGGGCUGGUCCUCCUCAGCACGUGCGCCAUCGCUGCACGCAGCCGGGCUGGAGCUGGAGUCUGACUCCAGAUGAGCAGAGCUCCUGGUGUAUGUUUUCAGAAAUGGCUUGAAGUUACGUGUUUCAAUCUGCUCAUUCGUAUGCUAGGUUAUACAUAUGAUUUUCAAUAAAUGAACUUUUUAAAGA